CCAAAGCUUCGUUUGUAUUUGGUUGGUGAGUCAGGCGCCGUCCUAACGUAUUAGAAGAUUAGUUUGUGCAAUAAUAAUAAGGUUGUUGCCCAGAUUCGGAAAAAAAUAGCCUUACCUCGCAUUACAUUCAUAUCAUGUUUUAAGCGUCCCCUUAUAAGCAGAGUCGGGUAUAUAAUCCCCACCACCCUGACACAAAGUAGCAGACAUGGUAGAGCCAUCAACACACAAGUUUGCAUCCAUGGCAGAGGAGCUGGGCUUCUGGAAGGAGCAGGCAGAGAGACAUCAGCAGAGGGCUGACGAGGCUCAGGCGGAGCUGCAGGAGUUUCAGCAGAUGAGUCGGGACUAUGAAGCUGAGCUGGAGACCGAGCUGAAGCAGUGUGAGGGUCGAAACAAAGAGCUGCUUCUGGACAACAACAGACUUCGCAUGGAGCUGGAAAACAUAAAGGAGAAGUUUGAGGCUCAGCACUCUGAUGCUUUUAGGCUCGUAUCAACCCUGGAGCAAGACCUGGCACAAACCAAAGCAGUGAGGGACCACCUGCAGAAAUACAUCCGAGAGCUCGAACAGUCCAAUGAUGACCUGGAGAGGACCAAAAGGGCCACCAUCAUGUCACUGGAGGACUUUGAGCAGCGCAUGAACCACGUCAUUGAGAGGAACGCCUUUCUAGAGAGCGAGUUGGAUGAGAAAGAGAACCUGCUGGAGUCUGUUCAGAGGCUCAAGGAUGAAGCCAGAGACCUUCGCCAGGAGCUGGCUGUACGUCAGAAGGAAAGACGGCCGUCGAGCAGUUUAGGCAAAGACUCCGAUCGAGCAGAUGUGCCGGGUGCUGGUAACCCUUCUAUCCCUGUCACACCUUCCAAACCCAUCAGCUCAUUUGCAACGCCCCCUGCCUCUAGCAUCCGACGAGGUGAUGGUCUAACGGGGACUCCUCUGACUACGUCGGCUAGAAUAUCUGCACUCAACAUUGUCGGAGAGCUGCUGAGAAAAGUUGGAAAUCUGGAGUCAAAGUUGGCGUCCUGUCGAGACUUUGUGUACGACACGUCUGUCAGCAGACCAGCACUUCCGGCUGGCCCUGGUAGUCCUCCUGGUUUAGAAAGAGGGUCUGAACUCCAGGCUACCACCAUGAGCCCCCCUCCUCAGUAUGACAGUUUAGUGAAGCGGCUGGAAUUUGGACCAGCUCCUCCAAGAGGAGUCUCCCAGGGUGCCCAGUCUCCUCAGGGAGGGGUCAAGAUUCUGCUAUGAGAGGAAAAAGAUGUCGAACCAGCCCCUGUUCUUCAAUAUCCCGACACCUCCCCUUUAUCCCCUCUCCCUCCUAAAUAAACUACAGCAAUGAGACUUUGAACUGA